AUGAGUCUUAACUGUUCCAUGUGGCAGGACAACAGCAUGUCUGUCAAACACUUUGCGUUUGCCAAAUUCUCUGAGGUCACUGAACAGUGUUUCCUUCUAUUUACCCUCAUCCUACUCAUGUUCUUAGCAUCACUGACAGGCAAUGCUCUCAUAGCCCUUGCUAUCUGGACCAACCCAGUCCUCCACACCCCCAUGUACUUUUUCCUGUCCAACUUGUCUUUCCUGGAGAUCGGCUACACUUGCUCAGUCAUACCCAAGAUGCUGCAGAGCCUGGUGAGCGAGGCCCGAGGAAUCUCUUGGAAGGGUUGUGCCACACAGAUGUUUUUCUUUACAUUGUUUGCUAUCAGUGAAUGCUGCCUUUUGGCAGCCAUGGCGUUUGACCGCUACGUGGCCAUAUGCUCCCCACUGCACUAUGCAACACGAAUGAAUCGUGGAGUGUGUGCCCACUUGGCAAUAGUUUCUUGGGGAGUAGGAUGCAUGGUGGGCCUGGGCCAGACAAACUAUAUUUUCUCCUUGGACUUCUGUGGCCCCUGUGAAAUAGACCACUUCUUCUGUGACCUCCCACCUAUCCUGGCACUCGCCUGUGGGGACACAUCUUAUAAUGAAGCUGCAGUCUUUGUUGUGGCAAUCCUUUGCAUUUCCAGCCCAUUUUUACUGAUCAUUGCUUCCUAUGGCAGAAUUCUAGCUGCAGUGCUGGUCAUGCCCUCACCUGAAGGCCGCCGUAAAGCUCUUUCCACCUGUUCUUCCCACCUGCUUGUAGUAACACUCUUCUACGGCUCAGGAUCUGUCACCUACUUGAGGCCCAAGGCUAGCCAUUCACCAGGAACAGAUAAACUCCUAGCUCUCUUCUACACAGUGGUGACAUCCAUGCUCAACCCCAUCAUCUACAGCUUACGGAACAAGGAAGUUAAGGCAGCUCUCCAGAGAACCGUGGGCAAGAAAAAAAUUUUGACCCAUAGUUAG